CCCUGGUUCACAUAACGCUGUCCCUGAUCAUGGAAGAAGUGACAGGUUGAAUGACACAAGACCGUCUGUGCACAAGAGCGAAAGUUAACUUUUCACUGCUGUAUUUUCAGCACUAUUUUCAUAAUUCAUCAUCGUACAACUACAUCUCCAAUAUCUACGAGGGAAACCUAAAUUGCUCCAUUUGGGACAAUGCGGGACCGCACCAAAGAGUUAGGAAAUGCUGAGUGCUCCGAUGAGGAUGAGGAGGGUACGGCGUUGGUGGUGAAGCCCGGGACCUCGACAGCAAAUGAGGAGAAAGAGAAUGAUGCUUAUUUCAAGAAGGUGCUGGAAAUUCGGGAGGGACUUGUGUCAAUCAAAGAUAAGGUGGGGAAGCUGGAGAAUAAACAGAAGACUGUCCUGGGCGAGCCACUCCCAGAUGAGAGUUUGAAGAGGGAUAUCCAGACCCUCCGAGAAGAGAUCAAGAACAUUGCGAGUCAGAUCCAAAAGAAACUCAAGACUAUUGAACCCAAGAAAGGCGAGGAUGAUGGGAAAUAUGUAGCCAUCAACUUGAGGAUGCAAAGGACACAGCACGGGGUCUUGUCCAGGGAGUUUGUGGAGCUGAUGGGACACUGCAACACCAUCCAGGCUGACUACAGAGAUCGCAACUUGGAAAGAAUAAAGCGGCAAUUCAAGAUCACCGGCACCGACGUCACCGACGAUCAGCUGGAAGACAUGAUUGCGAGUGGGCAGACGGAUGUUUUCACACAGAACAUCCUGAGCGACGUCAAAGCCACCAAGCAGGCGCUGAACGAGAUCGAGACGCGGUGCGAAGAGAUCCUGAAGCUGGAGAAGAGCAUCCGGGACCUGCACGACAUGUUCCAGUACCUGGCCAUGGAGGUGGAGGCGCAGGGGGAGACGGUGAACCGGAUCGAAUCCAACAUCCUCCAGUCUUCGAACUAUGUAGAGAAGGCCAGGGAUGACGUGGAGAAGGCGGUCACAUAUCAAAAGAAAGCCCGCAAGAAGAAGAUUUGGCUUGCAGUUUGUUGCGCGAUUCUCCUCCUUAUCGUCAUAAUUUCAUUGGCUGCCAGUCUCGGUGGAUGAAACCGGCUGUGAGUCCAAGUCCCUUGUAUUCCCCCCCCCCCUCUUUUCUACCAUAACCCCCUACUUGCUGUAGGUGAGCAGGUCAAUGGGUUCUGCCUUUAUGGGAACGUAUUGUAAUCCCCAAGCUUUUCCACCAACGUUGUCUUCCUCUCUUAACCUCGGCCCUACCGUCGCCCUGGCCAGGUUGAAGAGAUGCUCUCUCUAACCUUUUAACCAGUGCCUUCUCACAGGCCCACAUUCAGGUGCUCCCCCCCGCUCACCCCCCCCACACACACAGUCGCCCCAGACAAACGGACACGUGGAUUACUGCAUAUUGCAUUGCCAUGUUUCCCCCCCUCCCCCAAAGUGCUUGUGAGCAAGGAAGAAUGCAGUAUUUGAUACACUGAAAUGGCUUAUUAUACUGUACUCAGGAAAAUUACUUGUAGAGUAUUCUUGUUACACGGUUGAUAAUGAAUUAUGAAAGACGACACUAGAUGGAGCAUGGUUCUUUUUGAAAAAGGCAUAUAUAGAGACUAAUAUAAAUGUACAUAGGCCUUUUUAUUUUGCUAGUGUUGGGGAACACUUUCUUUGUAAAUAAGAAAAUGUGCACAUCUGGAGAUACUAGCCCAAGCAUUGGAACAAACUAUAAAGUUAUAAGUGCAGGUCCUCUAUCAUUCACUCUUAUUUAUAUUUGUAUUGUGUUGCUUUAUAAAUACAAACAGCAAUGUCUCGUUAGGAACUCUUUUUUUACAGGUUUUAAAACUGCUUUACCAUUUUGCAAGGUCGAAAUUGGUGAGAAUGAAGUCAAUUAAUGUAUUGCACCGAUAUUAUCAAGAAGGGAUGAGGUUUGGGCUGUAACUGCUUGCUUUCACAUCAACCUUUGGAUUUUUUAAUAUUGUUUAGCAACUUCAAUGCUGUAUUCAUGCUUUACACAGGGCCCUGAAAUGUUCCUUUAAAUCAGUGAUAUCCUCCUAGGUGAGCAUUUUCAGCAUCUGUUUUUGAUUUAACAGUUGGAACUGUUCAAUAACCAGUUACUUACGCACGACAUGUGGAAAACCUAAAGAUAACUUCCUGUAUGGAAUUUCCUUAAAGGCUGCCUCUGAGGUGGAAAUGUGCCGUGAACACAAACUGGAUAGACUAGCGACUUGGUUUGUGUAACUUUAUAUUGAUAUUUUAAUUUUGUAUACAGCCCACUGCCACUUAUUCUGAUGUUUUAAAAUAAAAAUCUGUCAUGUUCUACAAUAUCUUCCUCUGGUCUUUUCAAUACUCAUGGGUCAUGGAAGUUAUCAAUAUUUGCAAAAGUAGAUUCCUCUUGUCAGAAGGCUUAAAUAUUGAAGAAUCAAUGUUUAGUUGCCAUGGGCAAUUCUGCCUGUUUGAAAGAACAGGAUUACAGGAUGUCGUUUGCCAGCAUAGGUAGAGGUUGGUUCCGUGACCUACUGGCAGCAGUUGUCCCCUUAUUUGUCCUACUUCACCUAACUUUUGUUUGUCAUUAAUGGUUGCAAUUCUGAGCAGUUAUCUUCUUCACUGCGGCGUUUGAUUUUCAGAUACAAGCAUAAUUCAUGGGAAUGAGGCAACCAGUAAUUAACGCUGCUUAUUAAUGAUUGGCGACAGGGAGUGAGUCAUUUUCUGCGACUGUUUGUUUAUGUGGACUUUACGCAAGAGUAGUUAAUAUAAACCCUUGCCAUGGUGCAACUGCAAUCACCCAUCGAUACAGACGUAUCAAACCAACUAGUUUCAACAUCUCGCUUAGUGUGGACCUUGCUUCCUAGCUUAAGGGAACUAGACUGGUGAAAAACUAAUAGCACUACUGGGUUUCCCAUUUCAAAGACGACACCCAUGAUUUUAUAAAUUGAGACGCCACAAAAACAUUUAACUUGGGAGGACAUACAUUUCUUGUAAGACCUGAACCAAACGUAAAACAAAUUACCCAUAACCUCAAACACCGUUUCAGAAGCCAUUCACAGAGUAAACAUCUUUCAAGGAUACUACACUACAAAAAUCAUUGCCUCCAAGAACACAAAAAAACUGUAAACUUUUGGUCUUUUUAUUCAACUCUCUUUUCAAUAAUUCAAGUAAAACGAUGUGGAAUUACAAGGGAACAAAAAGGAAUGUAACAAACGAAAUCAAGAUUAGACCAUCACCAUAAACUACCCAUUCCCUCAAAAUAGCACCCUGCCCCAAAAUUAUUUAGACAAAAACCAGUCAACGUGAAUUGACCAUUUACAUUGUUAUCUGGAACUGUACCAGUAUUUUAUUCACAUAUUUUGUUGAGGUUCAUUACAGGAAAGAGCAAUGAAUUCAUGGCAACAGUACAGUAUCAGAUGGAAAAGAAUAAAAAGUAAAGAAAAAUAAGAUUUGGUUGCACAUCCUUGUUUGUUUGUAGGGGGACGUUUCAUUUUUAAGCAAAUAGCUUCUAGUGUUCGCCGCCCACACGUUCAAGAGUUUCAGAAGGCAAAUCGAGGUUCAUAACCCUUUUGGCCAUACAGGCACUCUUAUUGUCAAUAAUGAUUCAUGGCCCUCUUUUUCAGAAUCAGUUCAAAACCAGGUUGACCAUAAUAGAACUUAAGAAAAAGCAAAAAAGAAGACCAUGAUCCUGUUGCAUGCCUGCAGUCCAAGGGAGCCAAAAUAAUACCUGGAAAUUGAGUUGGGUUGGAGACGCUCAGGGCUCUGAAAUGCAUUGCGAGGUCCCAGUUAUGUAGCAGAUGAUUGAGGCUGCUUUAAAAAAAACAAAAA